GAGUGUGGCAUAAUUUUGUUCUUGGUGUUGCAAGUUUCAUUGUGCUGUUUCUGCUGCCAGCCAUUCUCUUCCCUUUCUAUUACACGGGUGUUGGGGCACUUGUCACUGAAGUCACAGAGGAUUCUCCUGCCAAUGGACCAAGAGGUCUCUUUGUAGGAGACCUUGUCACUAACUUACAAGACUGUCCAGUUUAUAGUGUGGAAGACUGGAAUUCGUGUAUGGGAGACAUUUCAGAGAAGUCCCAGGUUGGCUAUUGUAUAAGUGCAGCUACCCUACAGCAGUUAAACUUUCCAACUAGAGUCUAUAGAAGACUCGAUGGCACAGUUGAAUGUUGUAGUAACAACAGCCUCACAGACAUUUGCUUUUCAUACAGCAAUAACUUGGACAGCCACCUGUAUGCCUGUCUGCCAGCACGAAAAGUUAUUGAGGCCAGCAAAGUUUGUCGAACCAACAUGGACUGCCGGAAGGACUCUGUUCCAAGCUUUUGUGUGACUCCUUCUUUAGAGAACCAAACAAGGCUAAUCAGGGUAAAACAUCCGCCCCAUAUUGACAUGCUGUAUGUAGGACACCCCAUGCAUCUUCAGUACACAGUAAGCCUCAGCAGUUUUGUACCACGACAUAACUUUCUAAGCAUCGAUCUGCCUGUGGUAAUAGAGACAUUUUGCAAGUACCUAAUUUCACUAUCAGGAGCACUGGCAGUUAUCAAUGCUGUACCAUGCUUCGCUUUGGAUGGUCAGUGGAUAUUAAAUUCAUUCCUGGAAGCCACUCUGAGCUCCCUGAUUGUAGAAAAACAAAACAGAGAGCUUGUUGGCUUUUUAAUUUUGCUUGCUGGUAGCGCGCUUUUGGCUGCCAAUGUUGCACUGGGACUUUGGAUGGUGACAGCACGAUAG